CUUUUGCUAGCUAACUUUCUUCGGCAUUUGCAGGUGUUCUUUUUUCAGAAGUCUGCCAUUUACAAAUGUAAUAUGGCUGGAAAGCCAGCUGUCAUAACUCGUGUUGUUGAUACUAUGACCAACAAUUUGAGGCCUACCCGUGCUGAGGCAACUGAUGUUGCUAAUGCUGUUCUGGAUGGAUGUGAUGCUAUUCUUCUUGGGGCUGAGACUUUACGUGGAUUAUACCCUAUUGAAACUAUUUCUACAGUUGGCAAAAUCUGUGCUGAGGCUGAGAAGGUUUUCAAUCAAGACCAAUACUUCAAGGAGACUGUAAAGUAUGUUGGGGAACCUAUGGCACACUUGGAAUCCAUUGCUUCCUCUGCGGUUCGGGCAGCCAUUAAGGUGAAGGCAUCGAUUAUCAUUUGUUUUACUUCUUCUGGAAGGGCUGCAAGAUUGAUAGCUAAGUAUAGGCCGACGAUGCCUGUUCUAUCAGUUGUCAUCCCGCGCCUCAAAACAAAUUCUAGUAGUGCAUUUCAGGCCGAUGGAUCUUUUCUGCAUGUUCAGGCAACGCAAUCACUUAUAGUUCGAGGUCUUCUUCCCUUGAUUGCUGAUCCUCGCCAGCCGGCCGAGUCAAUAGAUGCCAUCGACGAGUCGGUUCUAAAAGUUGCAAUUGAUCAUGGGAAGACCUUGGGAAUUGUGAAGUCGCAUGAUCGAGUUGUUGUCUGCCAGAAAGUUGGAGAUGCAUCCGUAGUUAAGAUCAUUGAACUUGAAGAUUAAAAUGUUUAGGCCAAUCUGUGGGCUAUUCACCCUUCCACUUUUUGUUAAAUAAUAAAUUGACUCACAUGUCGAUUUUGAAAACUAUCUCAUGGUUUUUUCAAGAAGUCUGAAGGUAGAUUGAUUAUAAACCACAAUUUUAUGUGAGAACCUAUGAAUCUAAUAAAAUUUUUUGCAUGCACACUUUCCAUCA